AUGGCCCAGUCUACAAGGGCAUUCGUUGGCCCCGUCAUCCACUCUCUCUCGGCUGCUGAGCUCGAAAUACUCCCGUCUGCCCUUCUCGUGAUUAAUGACAAGGGUGAAAUUGCAGCCUUCGUCCGAAACGCCAACCCUCAGCAAACCAGAGACACGCUCAUCAGCCUGAAAUUCUCUCCCGACCUUGUCACGGUCCAUCGCCUCGCCGCAGGCCAGAUCCUCAUUCCAGGUUUCGUCGACACCCACAACCAUGCCCCACAAUGGGCACAACGCGGUCUGGGCCAAGGCAUGCACAUUCUCGACUGGCUCGAUGCCAUCACCUUCCCUAAUGAAGCCCGGUUCAAUGACUCGGGCCACGCCCGACGCAUCUACGCGAGCUGCGUCGAUGGCUUCUUGCGCCAGGGUAUCACCACUGCCUCAUACUACGGCUCCAUCCACGGCGAGGCCACCAAGAUCCUGGCCAAUCUCUGUCUGGAGAAGGGCCAACGCGCGCUGGUAGGCAAGUGCAACAUGACGCGCAACGCACCAGAGUACUACCGCGAUGCGUCAGUCGGGGAGAGUCUGCGGGUGACUGAGGAUUGCAUUGCCCACAUCAGGUCGCUCGGUGCGGGUAAGCUCGUCCAGCACGUCCUCACUCCGCGCUUCGCUAUUUCCUGCGACCCAGAGGUGCUGCAGGGCCUGGGAGCCAUUGCCCGCAACAACCCUGACCUGCCGAUCCAGACGCACUUCAACGAGGCCGAGCAGGAGAUGAAAGCCACCAUGGAACUCUUCCCACAGUUUACCAAUGAAGCGGACUUGUACGAACACUACGGUCUGCUAGGCAACCGCUCCAUACUUGCACACUGCUGCUACAUGACCGAGUACGAGAUGGAGCGACUCAAGGCGCUCGACUGUGGCGUUGCGCACUGCCCCAUAUCCAACAUGACCGUGGGCGGUGGGUUCAUGGCCGCUCCCAUACGCGAUUUCAUGCGGCGGGGAAUCAAGGUUGGGUUGGGGACCGACAGUGGAGGCGGUUUCUCCAGCAGCAUCCUCGAUGCAAUGCGCCAGGCCAUGAUUGCCAGCCACGCACGCGAGGUCACGUCGAAGGGCCACGACAAGGGACUGUCCAUUGAUGAGGUGUUCUACUUGGCUACUUUGGGCGGCGCUCAAGUCUGCGGGUUGGACGAAACGGUUGGCAAUUUCGAGGUGGGCAAGGCGUUCGAUGCGGUUGUCGUUGGGACCCUAGGGGCCGAACAAGGUAUCAUGACCAUGGUCGAGGAAAACGAUGGCCUCAAAACUGUAUUCAAAAAGUUCAUUAUGACGGGCGAUGACAGGAAUAUUGUCAAUGUAUAUGUCCAGGGCCGGGCAGUCAAAGGCAAUUAA